AUGGACCGCGAGCCCCGUGCCCACGACGGGGAGGUGGAGGCCCGACGGAAGCGCCACCUCGUCGACCGCGAGAUGAAUCCGCGGGGGAAGAAGAGGAUGAGCACCGACGACGAUCCGCGUGCCGGCGGAGCGUCCAGCUCCAACGCGAUGAGUUCAGAUGCGUGGGCUGAGAAGGUUCACCCGGAGGGCGAGAUGACCGAUGAAAGCGCCGCGUCUGCUACACUGGCGCGGUCUCCACCGUCCUCACCCAGCGCUGCCCUAUCCGAGGAGUCGUCCACCUACUCCCUGCCACAGGAGAUGGUAGACAGAUUGAGGCAAAUCAUGGCCAAUCAUGAGGCGGACGAGCAGCUGCAAAUUCAAAGAGACGCCGAGCUGUCCAAACUUACAGUGGAGAGCGAUUUUUGCGACAUUGAUGACGGCAGUUCCCGGAGUUGUAAAGCUCGGAAGGUGGCUGUGCUAGCUUCACGGUCCGUCGUUGCUCUCUCUUCAUUUUCAAAUGAAAAGAGGAUAAGAGUUUGCUCAGGAUUCGUGAUAUCAUCCAAUGCUUGUACAGAUACCUACAAAAUCUUAACUUCGGCAACACUAAUAAGGUCUCUUAACACGAAUAACAUUUUGAUUCCAGAUGUAAAGAUCAAGGUGUGUUUACCAAAUGGGGAUAUCUCUGAUGGCAUCAUAUCCAUGGUAGAUUUUCACUAUAACAUAGCUGUUGUUAAAGUGAAAUCUGAUCAGAAACUUCCAGAGGCAGUUAUGAUUAGUGAAGUUAUCAAAAGAGGAGCCGUGUUAGCGAUUGGACGUUUCUAUGAUCAUGGUAGAGUGAUGUGCGCACAAGGUAAAAUCAUAAAACAAGCAAGUACAUUUGAUUGCUUGGAGCUUCUAGUAUCAAGCUGCCAGACGACCAUGGCGGGUGUUGGAGGUCCCCUUGUAAAUUACAGUGGUGAUGUCGUGGGUAUCAAUUUCUACGGAGAGAACCACACACCCUUUCUUUCAACGGGAGUUAUUGUAAGAUGCUUGGAACAUUGGAGAAAAUAUGGAAAAAUAAUUCGACCUUGGCUUGGAAUCAUGUAUACAAGCAUUGAUAUGUUGCCACUUCGAGUUUUGGAGAGAUGUGCAUAUCUUGGCAAGGGUUUGUAUAUUUUAGAUGUGGCCAAGAGAUCACCUGCCGAUGUAGCUGGGCUUUUUGUUGGUGACGUUUUGGUCGAAUAUGCGGGAGAAGUUAUCUGUACUGCUCCAAAGUUUGGUGCAAUGUUGAUGGAUAUGUGUGAGGAACAAGUCGAGGCAGAUACUUUAAGAAGCAAAGUGACUAUUGAGGUCGUUUUAAGGAAUGAAGGAGAUGGCAGCAUAGCAAGGAAGACGUUGCAUGCUGAUGUUUUAAGCGAGUUCAAUUACUAUAGAUGGCUAGAUCCAUUGCCUAACUACAAUCGCAGUGUUUAUGCUAGAGAACAGUUUAUGGAAUUAUAA